AUGUUGAAAUGGAUACAAGGUGGGCUCUCUGCUGUUACAGGGAUUGCUGAACCCGAAUACGGUAAAGACUAUAUCCAUACUGCCACUGAUCGUGUUAAGAACUCCAAGACGCAACCAUAUGUCGAAUUGACAAGAGAAGAUUUGAAAUGGCUGCAACCAGAACAUACAAAUGUGGAAACCACCACUUUUUACUUCAGUAAUUUGAAUACUGGUAUCAUUGGGUUCGCUCAAAUUAUCCAUUCAAACAUCAUCAGUCUUUUCACUCAAGCUCAAUUCACUUUUAGAAUCUUUGAUUCAAAUAAUCCAGAAAAAUUGAAUGUCUGGACUUCUACAAAAUUGGAAAAUUUUGAAAUUAAAGGUACUGAUUUUUUCGCUGAUAACUUAUCUUUAGAAUUAAAUAAGGAAUUGAAUCAAUAUCAUUUUAUCUCAAAUGUUAAUAAAAGAUCCAAGAUUGAUAUUUAUUUCGAUCAAGUAGUCAAAGGCUGUAAAUUAGGUGAGGAUCCUUUUACUUAUUAUGGUGAUAAUAUAGAAGAACCUUGGGGUUCGAUGAGACAUAUUUUUUGGCCAAGAAAUAAAGUCACUGGUACAAUCCAAUUAAAGAGGCCAAUUUCUCUUGAAGAAAAAAUUGUCACUGAUUUAAAAGAUAAAGUAGAAGACGAAGCAGAAGAAAGAGUUGAAGAAGUUUCUGAUGAUGACGAUGAUGAAAGUAACGAAGGUGAUGAGCAAUCAAAUGCUACAAAUUCAGUAGAACAGCAGGAGAAUGCUUCUGGCGUAGUUUCCUAUGAUGAUGCGGAUGAAUCUGAAUAUGACUCUGAAUGUGAUGAAGAAAUAUUAGAAGAUAUGACUAUUGAUUUCACUAAAGAAGAAAAUUGUUAUGGUUUAUUUGUCAUGGCCAUGCAAGGAAUGAAACCUAACCAUGCAGCAAAAGCGUGGAAUUUCGUUAAUUUCCAUUCUAAGGAACAUUCUGUCAUGGUUAUGGAAUUCAUUACCCCAAAGUCUUAUGGCUGCACCAAAGUUUCUGUUGGUGUGAUUUCAAAUAAUGAAAAAGUCUUGGCGAUGACUAUUGAUAAUGAUUUCCAACAUUUAGAUCAAAAAGUUGAUGAAAUUGGUUGGAAUGUACCACAUAAAUUGAAAAUUAAAUUAAGUGGUAUUUCUAGUGAACUUCCUGACAAACAAAUUGCAGCUGAUGAUAUCUUAUCCAAAGAUCGUGUAUCUUCAACAGUCGAUGUAGAUUUAAAAACUCUUGUGGAAAGAGUUGAUGUUAUGGCAGAAAUUCCACAAUUCGUUAAGAAUAUCGUCUCUGGUAUAGCGGGUACAAAGCCUUACAUCUAUCAAUAUGCCGAUAGAGACAAUUUUACUUUACAAGUUAAUGAUGAAAAGACUUUUGAAAAAGGUAUUGGCUGGACUGAAGUAACUUUUAUUUCAGAAUCUGAUACCGUUACAAAGGAAAGUUUCAAUGAAAAUUGA